AAAUAUGAGCAGCCCUUGAUUAAUUUGGGAUUACCUUUGCUCUUCUCUGGGUUUUUGGUUAAAACCCCAACGCCGGUCUUAUCCUACUUGCUCUCUGCUCUUAAACUUUCUCAAUCAUGCCACUCCUCUUCAUCUUCCCAAUUUCAUGACUAGAUAACACCUUCAUCCGCCCUUAGUUAUGUAUGCUUCUACUACUACUACCUCUACCACAUUCUUCACUCUUCAGAAUCUAUUCUUGAAUCGCCAUAGCCAUUCCAAUUACCGAAUCCGCUCGGAAAAGCUCUAUUCCCAUGAAUCAGAUAAACCCAAAAGUCCUCUGCGAAUUCCUAUUACUUCAGCCCCAGCUAGACUCCUAAAAUGUUCUAUCACCCAAAAAGACACAAACCCAGUUAGCUAUGAUGACCAAAAUCCUCUGAAACCCAUUUUAAAGCCUGUAGUGUACACAUUAUUCUCUAUUGCUUUUGGAUUGUGCCCCUUUCUCGGGUUUCAAUUCCCUGCUGCUGCUGCUGCUGCUGCACCGCCCCCUGCUGCAGCUGAGCUGAUACAGAAAACAAAGAAAAGUAGCAAUAAAGGGAAAGGUAUCAAUGAGACUAGACAUGAAUAUUCACAUUGUACUAAGAGAUUGUUAGAGACAGUCUCAGAGUUGCUUAAAGUGAUAGAGGAGGUGAAAUCUGGUAAAGAGGAUGUAAAAUGUGUGGAGGAAAAGCUAAAGGAUGUGAACACGAAGAGGAAUGAGUUGCAAGAGGAGAUCAUGAAUGGUCUCUAUGCGGAACUGAGAUUGUUAAAGGGAGAAAGAAAUGCCUUGGUCAAGCGUUCGGACGAGAUUUUUGAUGUAGUGCUGAAGAUUAAAAGGGAGGAGGAAAGUUUAUUGAAGAAGGCUAAGGGCAAUGAAAAAGAUGCAGUAGUAAAGGGAAAAGUUGCAAAAUUGGAUGAGGAAGUGAGACAGAGUGAUGAGGAAUAUAACAGGGUAUGGGAGAGGAUUGCAGAGAUAGAUGAUGAGAUUAUGAGGAGAGAAACACUUGCAUUGAGCAUUGGUGUGAGGGAACUUGCAUCUAUUGAGAGGGAGUGCCAAAUCUUGGUCACGGAGUUUCUGAGGAAAAUGAGGCUUCAAAGCAUUGAGAGCGUGCCUAAAAGCUCUCUCACUAAGCUUUCUAGAUCUGAGAUAAAAGAAGAACUGCAAACUGCUCAAAGACAUUUGUUGGAGCAGAUAGUUCUACCAAAUGUUUUGGAAGAUGAAGACAAUAUACUCCGUUUUGAUCAAGACUCUAUGGUGUUCGGUCAGCGAAUAGAACAAGCACUUAAGGACUCAAGAGAGAUGCAAUGGAAACUCGAGAGUCGUAUUAAGAAAAAAAUGAAGAGAUAUGGCAAUGAAAAACGUUUUGUUGUAAACACACCAGUGGAUGAAGUUGUCAAGGGUUUCCCUGAAAUUGAAUUGAAAUGGAUGUUUGGAAACAAGGAGGUUGUAGUUCCAAAGGCCGUUAGCCUCCACUUGCAUCAUGGUUGGAAGAAAUGGCGUGAGGAUGUUAAAGCAGACAUCAAGAGGGAUUUGCUGGAGAAUGUUGAGCUAGGUAAAAAGUAUAUGGCUGAGAAACAGGAAAGGGUCCUCCUGGAUCGGGAUAGAGUGGUGGCAAAAUCAUGGUAUAAUGAAGAAAGAAAUAGGUGGGAGAUGGAUCCUGUGGCUGUUCCUUAUGCUGUGUCGAAGAAGCUUCUUGAGAGUGCUAGAAUCAGACAUGACUGGGCUGCCAUGUAUGUUAUGUUGAAGGGAGAUGACAAAGAAUAUUAUGUUGAUAUCAAGGAAUAUGAAAUGAUUUAUGAAGAUUUUGGAGGUUUUGAUGCGUUGUACCUGAGAAUGCUUGCUUCAGGUAUCCCAACUGCGGUUCAUCUGAUGUGGAUUCCUUUCUCAGAGCUGGACUUCCGUCAACAGUUUCUUUUGGUCACAAGACUCUGUCAUCAAUGUCUAAAUGGAUUGUGGUCUCUAAAACUUGUUUCACGCGGAAGAGACUGGAUUUUGGAGAAAGUACGAAACAUAAAUGAUGACAUUAUGAUGAUGAUUGUUUUCCCUACUGUGGAAUUUGUCAUCCCUUAUCGGGUGAGGAUGCGGCUGGGUAUGGCGUGGCCAGAGUAUUUCGAUCAGUCUGUUGCUUCAACAUGGUACUUGAAGUGGCAAUCUGAGGCUGAAAUGAGUUUCAGAUCAAGAAAAAAAGAUGAAUUUCAGUGGUAUCUCUGGUUUUUGAUUAGAACUGCAGUAUAUGGCUAUGUAUUGUAUCAUGUGAUACACUUUAUGAAGAGGAAAAUUCCACGACUUCUUGGUUAUGGACCUUUAAGGAGAAAUCCCAACCUACGGAAGCUGCAGAGAGUGAAAGCAUAUUUUAGAUUUAGGACAAGGAGAAUAAAGAAAAAGAAGAAGGCUGGUGUUGAUCCGAUCAGUACUGCUUUUGAUCAGAUGAAGAGGGUGAAGAAUCCGCCUAUACGUUUAAAGGACUUUGCAAGCAUUGAAUCUAUGAGAGAAGAAAUUAAUGAGGUCGUGGCAUUUCUGCAAAACCCUCGCGCUUUUCAAGAAAUGGGAGCUCGUGCCCCUCGGGGAGUUCUUAUUGUGGGGGAGAGAGGAACUGGAAAGACAACCCUAGCUCUGGCAAUUGCAGCAGAAGCUAAGGUGCCACUCGUUGAAGUUAAAGCCCAGCAGUUAGAAGCUGGUUUGUGGGUUGGCCAAAGUGCAUCAAAUGUUAGAGAGCUGUUUCAAACAGCACGUGAUCUGGCUCCUGUAAUCAUAUUUGUGGAGGAUUUUGACCUCUUUGCUGGAGUCAGAGGGAAGUUUAUCCACACUAAAAAGCAGGAUCAUGAAGCCUUCAUCAAUCAACUUUUGGUGGAACUUGACGGUUUUGAAAAACAGGAUGGGGUGGUCUUGAUGGCUACUACUAGAAAUCUCAAGCAAAUCGAUGAGGCCUUGCAGCGUCCUGGUCGUAUGGAUAGGAUAUUCCGUCUUCAGCGGCCUACUCAAGCUGAAAGAGAGAAGAUACUUAGGAUAGCUGCAAAAGGAACUAUGGAUGAAGAGCUUAUAGAUUUUGUAGAUUGGAGAAAGGUUGCAGAGAAAACAACUCUUUUGCGUCCAAGUGAACUAAAACUUGUGCCUGUGGCCUUGGAAGGUAGUGCCUUUAGAAGCAAAUUCCUGGACAUAGAUGAGCUUAUGACCUACUGCAGCUGGUUUGCGACAUUCAGCAGCCUCGUCCCGAAAUGGUUAAGGAAGACCAAAGCUGUAAAGCAAUUUAGUAGAAUGCUGGUGAAUCAUCUUGGAUUGACAUUGACAAAAGAGGAUUUAGAAAGUGUUGUUGAUCUAAUGGAGCCUUAUGGUCAAAUAAGCAACGGAAUUGAAUUGCUAAAUCCUCCUCUUGAUUGGACAAUGGAAACAAAGUUCCCACAUGCUGUUUGGGCUGCAGGUCGGAGUUUAAUUGCUCUUCUUCUACCAAAUUUUGAUAUUGUGGAUAAUCUGUGGCUUGAGCCUUUCUCUUGGGAGGGAAUUGGGUGUACAAAGAUCACCAAAGCUAAAAAUGAAGGUUCUAUCAGUGGGAAUGUUGAAUCAAGAUCAUAUCUGGAAAAGAGACUAGUUUUUUGCUUUGGUUCUUAUGUUGCGGCCCAACUAUUACUUCCAUUUGGUGAAGAAAACAUUCUUUCUUCUUCAGAGCUGAAGCAGGCUGAAGAGAUAGCUACAAGGAUGGUGAUUCAAUAUGGUUGGGGCCCUGAUGAUAGUCCUACAGUUUACCAUCAUGGCAAUUCGGUCACGACUUUGAGUAUGGGAAACCAUUUUGAAUAUGAGAUGGCUGCAAAAGUGGAAAAGAUGUAUUAUAUGGCUUAUGAUAAAGCAAAAGGCAUGCUUCAGAAAAAUCGACAAGUGCUAGAGAAGAUUGUAGAGGAGCUGCUCAAGUAUGAAGUCUUGACAAGAAAGGAUCUGGAGAGAAUUAUUGCAGAUAAUGAUGGAGUGCGUGAAAAAGAACCAUUCUUCCUUUCAAAAGCAUACAAUGAGCCUGUGCUAGAAAAUUUCCUACAAGAGAAUGGAAAAGCUUCUUCAAUGGAGUUUCUAACAGCUGGAAAUUAAAUUGGAGGAACAUCACGUAUCAUCUUUUGCCUAUCAAAUCAUGCUCGUAGUUCCCCCAUCGGAUUUGUUUAUUUUAGCACAUUCAUACUUAUUGAUGUGAAGCUGUAGUUCUUUUCUUUGUAUUUUAUUUAUCUGUUUGCGUUUUCUUCUUCAUGAGGGGUUAGAAGAGGAUCUGGAGAAGAGUGAAGAGGGGUAUGAGCUGGAUUGAUUGGUAAUACAAGUAGAUCCAUGCUGAGAAGAGGUUGCAUCCAUUUUUCCUUCUCAUCUUGGGUGAGAUUGUAUAUUUUCUUCUUCUAUCUUUGCUAAUUUCAUUCUAGGAAAUUGGUAUUUAGUAGUAAAAGUUCUUUUUCCUUGCUUUGUACGCAAUUACUUGAGCUGAUAAAAUAUCAUUGGUUUUCUAAUGAGACUUGUAAUUGCCUCA